AUGUUGUUCCGCCAGCAAUUGGCAAGGAACGUUGCCAAUGCCGAGCAGGCUUAUAAUGCUGAGACACAGCAGAUGGUGCAGGCUUGGGCAGCUGAGGUCAAGGAAAAGUUCAUGGCAGAAUGUGAGGCUGCAUCCCACCGCCGGGAGCUUUCAUUCACAAUGCUGGUUGUCCUUCCGGACCACCUGACCCGCAGGCGUGUUGAUCACGACCUGUUGAUGGCACAGCUCAGGGGCAUCGUUGCGGAGUUGGGUUUCGAAGAUGGAACCCUUACCGGUUUCCAGAAGGAAGCUAUCUUGCAGGCUGACGAGUUUGGCAACCUUCAAAACCUUCAUCGCGCCAAGAUGACUGGACACUGGGCCGGGAAUGCAACGUCUAGGAGUUCUGACCGAGCCAAUGGUGGCACCUGGGCACACUGCCCCAUCUGCCACGAGAACGGCCCCGCUGUGGUCCUGGUUCCCUGUGGUCAUGUGGUCUGCCGGGAGUGCCACCGCUGUCAGCAGCUGCAUCAGUGCCCCAUGUGCCGAGAGGUGACCACCUCAGUUACCAGAGGUCUCUUUGUGCAGGCGGCUUCUCCUCCACCGGAGGCUGCUCCUCAACCUGAUCCUUUUGAUGAUCCCUGGGCUUCCACAUGGAGAAGCCCUGCUUUGACCCCUGACUUGGAGAUGGCCUUUGCUCAGAAGUUGGCAAGAAACGUCAACGCCUACGGUGCCGAAACGCAGCAACUGAUGCAAGAGGCGGUUGCUACGAUAAAGAACGACUUCAUGCAAUGCUGUGAAAAUGCAUCCAACGCCGGGAAGUGUUCUUUCAGUCGCAACUUUUGCGUUGAGGCAAAGGUAGAGAAUAGGCAGGAUUACAGCUGUGAAAAAAUGCGGGACCUACUCAAAGAGGGCCUGGCAGAUCUGGGGCUCCAACGCUGUGACUGUGAAGUCCACCCAUCGGGCCUUGAUAGUUAUGUGUUUCAAAUGAGUGCCACAUGGACAGCAGAUGCUGAGACUUCCCGCAAGGGGGAGAGCAUCAACCCUUGCUCCGGUGGCACCCGUGUGACGUGUCCCAUCUGUCACGAGCAUCGCCCAGCUGUGGCCUUGGUGCCCUGUGGCCACGUGGUGUGCCGCGACUGCCAUCGUUCCAAACAGCUGCGCCAGUGCCCCAUGUGCCGCAAGGUGAUCACUUCGGCCACCCAAGGGCUCUUCAUGGACUGUCACCUGAAGGCACGGGGAUGGGGAGCAGACGCCUACGCCGUACAUGCCAAUUCCUUACCAAUUGCAGCAGCACUGAUUCUUGGAGUUGAUGGCUUGGCCUCGACCACCACUUUUUGCGAAGCGGCGUGCCAUGAUGCAAUUGUGCAGGGCACCCGAUCCGCGAAAUACUUCGCCGCCCCGGCCGGCAACGCCACAGCCACAGUUGGUGGUAGACCAAUCCCGAGUUUUGGCAACGCAACAAAACCGACAGACCUCGCUGCCGCAGAGCCAUUAAUAUCAUCGACCUGCGGAUGGAAGGCCCCUUAUGCCUGCGGCUGCGCGGAUGACGACAAUGACAUUGCGACCAUGCGCCGAAUACUUUGGAAUCAAACAGCUUUGGAGUUGCUGAACGCUGGGCUUAGCCAGCCAAAGUACGAAAAACAUAGCAACUACACGUUCCUACAAGUGCAUGAGGCGGGCUUUGAAGAGCUUCGCCGUAGAAUUCAUGAUGUGGAAACUAAGAUAGGUGACACUUACACAGGCCCCAGAGGCUGCGGAAUCUACGUCUUGAGCGAUUGGCAGAUUGCAGCUAUGAAGAGAACAAAUGUAAAUGGUUGGAAUACCCUGGCAUUUCCCACCGAUGAUUUCGUUUCAAACCUGACAAAGAUUGGGAACGAGUCGGAAGCAAACGGGCUCUCCAACGAGCUUCAGCGCUUCUUCAAUAUUCUCAAGAUCACUGUGGGUUUCCUUGUCCCUUCGAGCGUCAACAAAGUCACCUUUGGUGAUUGGAAGUGCAACGUGGUGGGUUUCCACCAAGACUCUGAACGGUCCAACAGGAGCAACAUCAGUGACUUUGAGGAUGCAGAUCGUUCUCAGCCCUCUUUGGAUGUGGCAGAUUGCUGGAACAUUGGGAAGCAAGAUUUGAAGAUGAAAUAA